UCCCGAAAAUUGUAAGAUAAUAUUAAAGUUGGCAAAAUUGCUUUACUCUAUUUUGGCGCCGUGUAAAACAAUAACAGGUUCUCAGGAAGACUGCAGAAGUCCAUGAGUCAACGCGAGACAAUGCUUCAACAUCAAUUUCAAGAAUUAGUAGGCACAGUAGAAAAUCUGAGAAUGAGACGGCAAAGUUUGCAACAAGUCAUUUCGGCUGAGGAGGAAAAAAGGACGAGACUAAUGGAUGAAAUAAAGAAGGCAACUCAAGAGGCAGAAGUGUGUGACAACAGGAUAAAGUCCCUUGUUGCUGCUAGAGACAAGUUAGACACGACUAUUACCCAGACAGAAACUGCUUUUGAAAAGAUUCUUGAAAAUACUGAACUUCUUUUGGCCAUGACAAAGAAAACUGGCGGAGAAAUAGAUGAAAUUGUGUAAAAAAAAGGUUUUACAUUUGACGGACUUCUCAAUAUCAGACAAACUCAAGAAGUGUAACAACAAUGUUAAAAUUCUCAUGGUGAAAAUAAUUAUUUUUUACAUAAAUUAUUUUUUUGUUUGAUAAUACUUUUAUUGGAUCUGUAAAGGUUUUCCGAGUUUACAAUA